UUUUCCUCCUUCCCCUACAUUUUCCUUCAAACCCAACAGUAUAAGGGUUUGGAAAAAAUUUCCGUCAUUGAAGUUUAUUUUCUCGGUUCUCUGUUCCGCCAGUCACCUGUUCGAGGGAAGGGUCAAAAGCUGUUAAGCUGUUAGGGCUUCAACCAGUGAGGCAAGUUUCUUCUCCCUGCUAUCUGUUUCACCAUUGAAGCAAGCUUCGAUCAUUAAAUUAUCUUCAACGCUGUUGUUUCUCGCCGCGCCAUUGUUUUUCAUCGCCGUUGUUUCGCAGUUCUCAGUUCUCAAGUCGCCAAGUCGCUGCUGUUUGUAGAUCGGAGCUGGGGAUAGGAUAGCCAGAAAAUGCCUUCAAUGGCCCAUUCAGAAGCCAGAGAUUUCACCAAAACCAAACAACCUAAUGGGAAAAUUGUUAAGAAUGGCCCAAAAGAUGAAUCCAGGAGGCAAAAGAUUGCACAACAGAGAAAAAGCCUACCUAUCACAUCAGUUGAGAGACAACUUGUGGAGGAAGUGAGAAAGAAUGAUACAUUGAUCAUAGUUGGUGAAACUGGAAGUGGGAAAACAACACAAUUACCACAAUUUUUAUUUAAUGCGGGGUUUUGCCGUGAUGGGAAAGUUAUUGGGAUCACUCAACCUCGCCGUGUUGCAGCAGUCACUGUUGCUAAACGUGUAGCAGAGGAAUGUGGUGUCGAGUUAGGUCAGAAGGUUGGGUAUUCCAUUAGAUUUGAGGAUGCAACUUCCAGCUCAACAAGGAUCAAAUACAUGACCGAUGGGUUGCUUUUGAGGGAAGCGUUGCUGGAUCCAUUUCUCUCUAGGUAUUCGGUUGUCAUUAUUGAUGAAGCUCACGAGAGAACUGUCCACACUGAUGUAUUGCUAGGCCUGUUAAAAAAUGUACAGAAGACAAGAUCACAAUCCACCAGCCAAAUGAGUAGCCUUGAGAAGAUGAAAGCUAGCAAUGGAACUGUGCUUGAGAAAGACAAUCAUGCACAAAGCCAGAGUUUUCAGAAGUCGUACCACGGAACAAAGUUUUCUCCAUUGAAGUUGAUCAUAAUGUCUGCGAGCUUGGAUGCAAGGGGUUUUUCUGAGUAUUUUGGUGGUGCCAGAGCUGUCCACAUUCAAGGGCGCCCUUACCCUGUAGACAUACUCUAUACUCAUCAUGCCGAACCAGAUUACCUUGAGGCAACCCUGAUUACUGUUUUUCAGAUCCAUUUGGAGGAGGGUCCUGGUGAUAUACUUGUAUUUUUGACUGGGCAAGAAGAGAUCGAAUCUGUAGAGAGACUUGUCCAGGAGCGAGUUCAACAGUUACCUGAAGGCAGUCGAAACCUUCUGGUUAUUCCCAUGUUUUCAUCUUUACCAUCAGAGCAGCAAAUGCGAGCUUUCAGGCCAGCUCCAUCCUGUAGCCGUAAGGUCAUAUUGGCAACAAAUAUUGCUGAGACAUCAGUCACAAUUCCUGGAAUCAAGUAUGUUAUAGAUCCUGGGCUGGUAAAAGCACGCAGUUACAAUCCAAUUACAGGGAUGGAGUCCCUGAUUAUUAUUCCAACAUCCAAAGCGCAGGCUCUUCAGAGGAGUGGUCGCGCAGGGCGUGAAGGGCCUGGGAAAUGCUUUCGGUUAUACCCAGAGAACGAGUUUAGUAAACUUGUAGAUUCCACUGUGCCAGAGAUCAAGCGUUGUAACCUUUCAAAUGUUAUAUUGCAGCUCAAGGCUUUAGGUGUUGAUGAUAUUAUUGGGUUUGACUUCAUGGAAAAACCAUCAAGGAUGGCUAUAGUCAAAUCUUUGGAGCAGUUGUAUUUGCUAGGUGCUCUGACUGAUGAUUACAAACUGUCAGAUCCAGUUGGGCAUCAAAUGGCCCGUUUACCCUUGGACCCAAUUUAUUCAAAAGCUCUUAUAUUAGCUAAUCAGUUCAACUGCUUGGAAGAAAUGUUGAUAACUGUUGCAAUGCUUUCAGUGGAAUCUAUUUUUUAUACUCCUCGCGAAAAGUUGGAAGAGGCAAGAGCUGCAAGGAAAUGCUUUUCAAGUGCUGAGGGAGAUCAUCUCACUUUGGUGACUGUGUAUCGGGCUUCUGCUGAGUGGUUGGAGAAGGUCAAAAUGGCAAAUAAUAAAGACAAAACAGCUGAAAGAAGCCUUAGCAAAUGGUGCAAGGAAAAUUUUAUCAAUAACCGCUCCUUGAGACAUGCUCGAGAUAUUCACAGUCAAAUUCAAGGACAUGUUGAACAAAUGGGUUUUCGUGUUGCAUCAUGUGGGGAUGACAUGCUUCAGUUCCGUAGAUGUCUUGCUGCUGCUUUUUUCCUUAAUGCAGCAUUGAGGCAGCCUGAUGGAUCCUACAGGGCUUUGGCAAGUAGUCAGGUGGUGCAGAUUCAUCCAUCUUCAGUGUUGUUCCGGACCAAGCCAGAGUGUAUAAUUUUCAACGAACUAGUUCGAACAAAUCAUAAUUACAUUCGCAAUAUAACAAGAAUUGAUCCAUUGUGGUUACCUGAGUUGGCUCCUCAGUACUAUGCAACACAAAAUUAGGGUUUCUGGUACAAAUCUUGAAGGUCAGCAGUGGAUUUGAUUCCCCGUAGAUUCUAUUCUCCUCUUAUGAGAGAUGGCAAUUAGGAACCUGAAGAUAAUUACAUUUUUGCUUCUUGUGUGGAUGACUCUUCAAUGGUAUCCUCUCUAACUUCAACUUUGCACCAGAGCAUCUCUAAAUCCUUGGACAAGUCUGAUCUGUCAAAAGGACAAGUUGAGGACAUGAAUUUGCGCCCUGUCCUCCUAAGUGGGCCAACAGCUGUUUAGUGAGGAGAGCUAUACAUCUACACGUCAAUUGCAGGCGGCAUUUUUUCCGACCUUUCACUGGAACUCUAAUGGUUCAAAGCACACAGGUUUCGAGGGACUUAAACGUUUUACCCAUGGUUCUGUGUUUGCUGUCUCAUCAGGUCAAUUUGACUACCUUUCCUGAAUGUACUUCUGACUAAGAUGUGCUGUUACAUCAAACUGAACCUGCCUAAGGRCAUCUGUCUUGGCUUGGGCCGAGCCUAAUGAUGCCAUUUUGCGAAGGAGGUUGUAGACUUUCAGCUGUCAUAUUGCUACUAGUCUGGUACCCGGGUGGUUAUUACAUGGAAUAUGUAAUUUGCUCCAGGAAGGUGGAAGAAAAUUUAUCUUGGUUCUAAAUCCAACUUUAUGGUUCUCUGCAUUGUAAAAUAAAGAUUAUUUAAGAAGUGCAUAAUUGAGAAUCAAUUUUUGUGGUUGCAAACUUACAACUCUAUGAAUUGUUGUAUUCUUUCCAAAAGUAGAUAAUAGAAAACUAUCCCGGUAUAUAUGUUUCCUAUUUCAGUGGAAGAGAACUUGGGAACUUUUGCUCUCUCUAGGCCGAAAGAUGGCCAUUGAGGGUAGAGAUCAGUAAUCUCUUGUUUUUCUUA